AUGUCUCGAAAGAGCCGCCAUGGGAAUUCUGCUUGCAGUUCGCAGCUGUUGCUUGGGCUGGUGUUGUUGAACAUCGCAGUUUGCAUGUUCUUGGUAUGGAGGUUGAGCCAAGUACAAUGGGAUGUCGGUCCGGUUGUGCACAUUCAGAGCAGUUUUGGGCGGAGCGAGCCCAGCCAACAUGUCCAGCUUCCUGUUUGUCUGCGGUGCUCUAGCCGAAUCCGUGGUCCAAUACCAACCUCUCUUCCGGACGAGGCAGUGCAACAGUGUCAAUGGAAGCAUUUGCAACGUUCCGGCUUUGACGAUGCGACGGUAAGCUCGGACACCUAUGGGCUCGCACAAGCCAAGAGUUUGUGCAUGCUCCGUGGCGAUGACUGUCAAGGCGUGGUGUGCAGCAACCCUGUGCAUUCUAGACAUUGCCACCUGGUUAAAGGCAAGAAGCUCGCACUGGCUUCCCAAGGAGUGCACGUGAAAGAGUGUCUACUUGCUGGGGAAUGCCAGCAGGAACGACAACCCAUUCAUACUCAUUCUGACGAGCUGAAUGCUGCAAUCGUUGUUCUUGGCCACAAUCGAGAGAGCGAUUUGUUUGAAUGCUUGAAGUCGCUACUGAGUUUAAGAGAGGCAGGCAUGUUCAAGGUAUACGUGUCACUAGAUGAUCCAGAAUAUUAUUCAAGGAUGGCAGAUGUGGCGACAAGACUCGCCAAACAGUAUAACCAGAGUGUUGUGACGAUGUCUGUGCCGAAGAGAGAGGUCAACCAUACAUCUGACAAUGAAGAGCAGCAGAAAUGGUUCAGAACGAACACAGGCAAGAUCGCGCACCACUAUUGGGCAGCUUUCGAAAGGGUUUUUCUGGUGGAGGAGUUCAGGCAUGCAGUCUUCGUGGAGGAAGAUUUAGUUUUUGCACCUGAUUUUCUUGCACUGUUCCUCAGCACCUGGCAGCUUUUUCAGCAGGAUGAAAGUUUGUGGUGUGUGAGUGCCUGGAAUGACGCGGGGUUUACCUUCGCAGUUUCUGACCAGUGUCGCCUUUUCAGGACGACAUACUUUCCUGGUUUGGGCUUCAUGUUGCCGCGGCAUGCUUGGUUAAAGCUACGUGAGCAGUGGCCGUCUGCGCCAACGAUGGGUUGGGAUUAUUGGAUGCGCACUGCGUUCCGUAGAUGGAACAAGGAGUGCAUAGUUCCAGAAGUCCCACGAAGCCGCCACUUCAGCCAGAAUGGUUCAUCCAUUACACAGGCCAAGCAAGUUGAAUUCUUCCAGUCUAUGGCUUUAGCGAGCCUCGCAAGCUCUUGCAGCUCCUCGGGCUGUGACCACUUUGGCGACCUGUCCUACCUGAUACAGGCAAAUUAUGAAAGUUGGAUACUGCGUGCUACACAAAGUGCUGUACCGCUCAAGGGUGUCAGUGUUGUACAUCAGGAAGGAUACCAGUGUGACACGGAAGCCGUCAAUCUGGGAGCCCAUCUCGAUCCUGACACGUGUGCUGAUUAUCAGCCUGUGGGAAAGGCACAUGCGGCAUGGACGUUAUACGAAGCACGUGCAACGGGGGUCUUGGAUCCGAAGCACGUGUACAUCUUGCCCUAUGUCAGAGAAUCGUACGCACACAUCGCACCAAUCUUCGGACUGGUUCCCUUGAAAAUGACCAAUGUGAUUCCGCCUGACGUCCGGGCUGAGCAUCAUGGGCUGGUAGUUGGCCGCCACGUCGUCUCCCAGGCUGUGGUUCUGUUCGCAGACAGGAGAAGUGAGAAGCCGUACCUUCCAGGGUCCAUGAGUGUUGUGCGGGAUACCCACAUGGCCCCAGUAAGAGCAGAGCGCGGAGAAAGCUGUGAUGCUACUUGUGCCGCCUCGGGCCAGCGAUGUGACUCAGAAGCCUUGCAUUUUCUCAACAACUGUGCUGACAUGGAGGAGGCUUUCGGUUGCAGAUACUGCGCCCAUCAGGUGGGAGAGGAGCUGCCAGCAUAUGUUGCUGACAGCUUCCAGCCCACCGUAGGGCAAUGCUUGGUGACGUUCAUAUCGCACAUGUCGUGUCAGGCACGACACAAGGCUACUCAGAGACUUUGCGCCUGCGUUAGCCGUGACAAGCGAUGUGCCUCAGCUCCUGUGCAUCCUUGCGACGGGAAGCCGGUCAUUAUGCGCCUCGUCAUUAAGGGUUCGCCGUCCUUCAGCCGUUUUGGCACAAACACCCCGGAGAAGGGGGUGUUUGGAAAUGAGAGAGCGCCCGCUUGCGAGGCCCUUUUGUCCAAAGGCGUGGCUAAGUCAGGUGUCAUCAAAGAGAUUGAUUUGUCGCGCAUGCCUCUUUCCGCGCAGAGGGAAGCUAAGAACGAAGCCGAUGUGCUGAAGCGGCUAAAACACCCGAACAUUGUGGAAUAUUGCGAGUCCUUCCUGGAGGGGCAGAUGCUCUGCAUCGUGAUGGAAUAUGCCGACGGUGGGGAUCUGAGCCAUUUGAUCAAAGGGAGGAAGGCUGCAUCGGAGAUCAUUUGUGAAAGCGAAGCCUUGAAGAUCUUUGGACAGAUCUGCCUUGCCAUCCAGCAUGUGCACAAUCAGCACAUACUGCACCGCGAUCUGAAGUCUCAGAAUAUUUUCUUGACGCAAGGGGGCUGCGUGAAGCUAGGGGAUUUUGGCAUCGCCAAAGUUCUUGCGCACACAGCUGCAGAAGCGAUCACCAUGAUUGGAACUCCGCUGUAUCUUGCGCCGGAAGUCUGCCACAGUCAGCCUUAUGGUAUGAAGGCUGAUGUCUGGUCGCUUGGAGUGGUCCUUUACGAGCUUUUGGCAUUAGGGCCACCGUUUACCGGCAGCAAUUUGGCAGCGCUGAUCAAUAACAUCGUAACUGCCACUCCUGCGCCUCUGGCAGUCAGCCAGUCGGUCCAGGAUCUUGUGUCUGACAUGCUGCAGAAGACGCCAGAGAGACGGCCUUGCAUCCAAGAAGUCUUGACGAGGCCAGUCUUCGAGUCCGACUGCACUCCUCAGGAUGAGACUUUCGUGCCGCAGCACGUGCAGCAGAAGCAUGAGAAGAUUGAGAAGCAGGACAUGGCAGAUUCGCUGGAGCAUCUUCUGCAGCAGACGGACCAUGGGCAUCGGAGGAGGCCACCUCUUCCAGAGAGUGCUCAGAUUGCGAACGAGUUCAGAAAGAACAGGGAUGCAGCUAUGGCCGUAAAGGCGCGUGUUGAAGGCACCGAGGGACAAUGGCAGUGGCGUCGUCGCAGCCGCAGCGAGGAGCCAGAACAUGCAGUCAGCUCUCGAAAGGUGGUGGACGAGGCCGAGCAUUUGCGAGCUUUGCAGGAGGCAGCUGCGCAGGCACGACGUGACCGGCGAAACGGACAGCAGCGUUUGCGCCGAGAGUUGGAGACGCCCCGAGUGCGUGAUAUGGAUUCGACGGACUACGAGCCAGCUCGAAUGCGAGCAAGCUCGGCGGAUGAAGCCAAGCAUCUGUUCGACUUGCACGAAGCAGCUGCGCAGGCGCGUCGAGAUCGCCGCCAGAUUCAACAAAAGUUGAAAGAGCUUGAGAAAGGCCCAGAUCCUUGCACAAACCAGGGUUUCGAGGUCGCAAACUCGUCGAGCCCAUCACGGACCAAGGAGAGUCGAGAAAGCGCGGAAGCCCAGCACUUGAUGGCGCUACAGGAGGCACGCGCACAAGCACGCCGCGAUCGGAAGCUCAUCGACGCAAAACGGAAGGCGGAGGCCGAGGAGGCAAGUGAACACGAGAGAUCCGAAAGUACACAACACGCGACUGUUUACAAGCCGCGCACCCCCGAGGACCGUGCAGCAGCCGAGGCAAAGCAUCUGCAGGCUCUGAAAGAUGCAGCAGCAGAGGCCAGGCGUGAGCGACGAAUGCUGCAACAAAAGAUACAACAAGAACUCGGACCAGGAGGCACCUCUCAAGAUGAGUGGUCCGGGUCCGGGCCCGCUCCUGAGACUGGAACCAGUCCCGAUCGACGCAGAUUGCGCCAAGCCUCGCCGAGCCCCAGCGAAAGCAAGCUGGAUGCAAGCUCGAAGGCUGCGGGUGGCGAGAGGAAGGACUCUAGCUCUUUCGAGAUGGAUGGCUUGGCCCUCUCAGACUCCUUGGGCCCGCUCAUGCAGAGCCUCCCACGUGGAAGUGCCGAUCUUCCAGAGAGGGCUGCCUCGUCAAAUGACGCCGGGCUGGCCCACAGCAAGGACAAUCGUACACCUAUUGGCCGGCUGCGACCACCAAGAGAUGCGGACACCUUGGGGUCUUUGUCGUACUCGCUGACAGCUCCGCUGUCCUCCUCCUCGAUUAGCAAUUCUGCCCGAAAUGGGGCAGAUGAGACGACGGCCAAAGGUCUGACCUUCUACCUGCCCUUGUACUACAGGAUACGGCAGUUGGCCUUGAACACAGAGAAGACGGGCCACAGAGUACCACAGAAAAUGCAGACAGAGUUGAGAUUCCUGGAAAAGUCCGUCGCCCGCGAGAUUCGCAGUUUGAAUCCCCUGCUCUUCCAGCGCUUCGACGAUGUGCAGUUGGACAGGCUGCUGCGUGCGCUGCCCUUCUUGAGGCUCUCGAUGGGCCGAUGGAUUUUCGGCAGCGAACAGAUUGCGGCCGCGUGGCCGCGCGCGACUUCUAGAUCUUUCCUGCUCAUGUCAGGCAAGGUGCACCUCUAUGUGGAUCCGAAUGGUGUUGGGGAGCGUCAAGAACUCACCAAGGGAGCCAUUUUCGGCGAAAACCACUUCAGGUUAGGGGACGAGUGCAUGAUGGACAUCGUCGGUGGUGCUGCGCAAUGCGAAGAGCCAUGCAUCAUCGGAGUUUUGGGGAAUGAGGUAUUGGAGGCUGCGUAUGCAGAUCGGGCUUUCGGAAACAGAAAGAUCGCCUUGAGUAUGCGUCACGCGCCCGCGCUCUCGAGAGUGGUGCUGCCUGAGAGUAUGACUGGACCACACAGCAAAAUAGAUUUUGCCUCCCUGUCGUUUGCCGAGAAAACGAAGAUCCUAGAGGAGAAGCAGCCAGGUGCUGUGAAACACGCUCUCGAAGAACUAGCCAAGGCGAAUGGCUCGGAUAGCCGGAUAGUUGAACGAAAGUGCAUCAUUCGGCAGCGCCGCGUCAGGUUGCGACCCAGGUCCACUUGCUGCCUGGCCAGGCUCCGUGGCAACCCUGUCCAUUUCUGUGUCUUAGAGGGCUUUGUGAAGAGGUUGCAGUCGCAACUGCUACAGGAGUUACUGAGCGACCCACCUGUGGAAGAAAGCGUGGUGAUGGUUUCGAAGGGCAGCCCCUUUCCUGAAAUGAUGGCAUGUGUGAAGGGCUAG